CAUAUGUUAUUUUCCUGUUGACGUCAACAAGGGAACAAAUAAACCCAGACCUAUAUCACCAGUGGUGUAAAAGUCUCGACUGGCAAGUUCAGUUUGUUUAUAGGGUGUCCGUGCCAUCCACAGCAUCAAGUCUUGUCCGGAAACACUUGUAGUUCGCCAUGGUUCUGCAUUUAAUGGUGGCUCUGGUAUUGUCGGCCUUCCUCUCCCAGACAGAGUGCCAGUCAUCAUCAGGUGCGCAGCUCGAGUUUGACACUCUAGAAAACACAGACACGACGCUCGCCGUGACGAAGAACUCCCGAGUCGUCUUGACCUUUUAUAUCAACACAGACAAGUGCAACAAAAGUUCCAGUAGUAAUAGCUUCGUCAUCCAAUUGUCCAAAGUGCAGUCUGCUGCAAACACGACCGAGAAUUUGCUGGUGUGUGACAUCCUGCUGCAGCAGCAGAAUUGCACCGUGCGUUACGGAGCGUCGUUCUGUCGCUGCAGGAGUCACAUCAAAGGCAUCGUCCAGUUCAGCCAACCGUUCAACGACUCCCAUGACAGCGAGCACGUGUGGAGCUGGACAGAACAGGGGAAAUUGCAGGAGAGAAAAGUCAGGUUCCAUAUCGUAUUCGGCGAGCAGAGCGGCGUGAGUUUCCUCAUGCUGGCAGUGGGCAUGGUCGUCACCUUCGUCGCUAGCGUCGUCUUCACUUCCGUAAUUGCUGUGUGCAUCGUGAAAUAUCGCAAGGGUUACCAAAAGUACGAGCCGCUAAUGAAAGACCAAAUCAAUUACCCUGGGUACGAUGCGAUCGUCUGCCCUGGCGAUGGUGGGUCAGGAGUAGAAUAUAACGACUAUGAGGAGGUUGAGUCAGCUUUUCUGGUGAUCGGGACAAACAAUGUCUGCGAUGACAGAAAUCCGUACCUCCCACGUCGAUAAGGAUGUGCUUUUGGGUGUGAAUGUGAAUUUUUCGUCCAGUAAAACAACUUUAAGCAGCAUUGUCUGAGCUUCUGCUGAUCUACCCCAAUGUGCUGACAAGCCAGAUUUUCUACCUCCUUCUUUACCUUCAGAAGCACCACUUCUAGAACACUCAUAGGCAUCCAUUUAUGAGUAAAGGAAAGAAGACCGAAUGAAAAAAUGAACUUUUUGAUCAGACCAAUUCAUGGAGUGGUUUAUCAAACAUAUUCAAAUUCCAUAAAUGCUGUCUCUUUUUAUAUGUAAAAUUGAAUGAUUUAAAAAAAAUGUAAAUAUGACCCAAUUCACAAAUUAAAAAAAAAAAA